UUAUUUCUGGUACAUGUUAAACUUUAUAUAUUUUGAAUGAAGCAAUGAACAAUGAUUGUACUUCUACGCGCGUUAUAUUAAAUUUAAAAUAAUUGCUCAUAAUUCUGAUUUUUUAGAAAGAUAUUUCAAUGGCUUCUUUCUUUCGACAACAAAUUGCAAGAAAGGUUUUACCCUUUCUAAGGAAUAACGAAGGUUCUAGCUCAGUUACUCCCAAUCUAAUCUCUUCGUUUAUCAAAGUGAAUCGUCGCAGCAAAAAUAAUCCUGAAUUACUGAUGUCAUGGCAGAAAAUAGUUCAUUAUUCACCAGAAGUAGAAGACUGGCUUACAUUACCAAAACUUGUGAAUCUUCUUAGAAACCAGGGCCUUCCAACUGCAGAGGGUGUUAUUGACAUUGGAUUAAGUGAAUCUCCUUUAGGACUGACAUUUACUGUUGAUAAACAUGUAUAUUCCAAGAUUGUUUUGACAGAUAUUUGUGAAAAUGAAGAAUUUUUGGCAGUAGAUAACUCAUUUUUUCAUAAUACUCCACUUAAGAAAAUUGCUGUGCAUUUCAGCUUGCCUUCAGUUGGUGAAAGGUUUAACAUGAGUGAUUUUCGUACUAUUAUCCAUUGCAAUUUUAUAGAAAAUAUCAGUACAUUUUUUGGAAAUCAAGUCAAUAAAAUAUACUCCAUGGCAGAUUGGAACCUAAAGUCUGCUAUAACUCUGACAGGUUUCAAAAAGUUGGGAGAUGAAAAAGAACUCCUUAAUAAUCCAGCAAGUCAUCUGUUUGAGGUUUCUAAAAUAGCCAAACAGUUAUAUGAAAGUGACCCAAGCUUUCAAAACGAGGUAAAUUCUUGUUUUAAAGAUGAAGAUAAAUGUUCUGAAUGGUUUAAUAUCAGAAAUUUAUGCUGGGAGCAAUACACACCAGUUUUUGAGAAGUUAGAUUUAAGUUUUGAUAAUGUUCGUUUUGAUUCUUCCUUUUCAUCAGAAGUUAAAAAAGUAUAUGAAGAUCUUGUUGCAAAGAAUUUGAUUAUUCCUCAACAUGAUGGUACAUUGAAAGCAAAUUUUAUGAACAAUCAUAAAGAAGACGCCGCAUCUAAUUCUCAGAUUUCAAAAUUUUUUAUUUACAGUCUGUGCAAUGCUAUACAUUCAGCUAUUCAUACAGAAGCAACUUAUAAUUUUGAUAUUUUAUAUUAUGUGGCUCCAAAAUCUCAGGAAAACUUUUUUGAAGUGUUUUCAUCUUUGCUAACAGAGCUAAACUAUAGUUGGUCAGAAAAAUUAUGCUUCAUUGGUGUGGAAAACAUUAGUGACUUUCAUGGGAGAAAGAAAAGGGCAUCAGUUGAAGACAUACUUAAUGAAAUGAAUCUUUUUAUGCUGAAAAAAUUGGAAACUGAGCUUUAUCUAGAGACAAAUGAAAGUCUGGAGAGAGUUGCUGAGAUUCUUAGCUACUCCUCUUUACUUAUGUUUGAUAUGAAACAUCGAAGAAACUUUAAUUACUCUCUUAACUUGAAUGAAAUACUGAGUUUUGGAAGAAACAGUGGAGCAGCAUUUCAACUUUGUCACGCUGGUUUGAAAGGGUUAUUUGAAGAUAAUGAGAUUCUUUUCAAGGUGGAUAUUGACACAUCUCCUCUUUUAGAACCUGAAGCCCAGAACUUAAUUUUACACCUCUCUAGAUUUGAUGAGAUGGUAUACAAAUCUUACUCAACUCUUGAACCAUUCUUCUUGUGCCAAUACUUGUCAAGUUUAUGGUAUUAUACAGACAGAGCUGCCAGUGUUUUAAAGCUUGAUCUUAAAAGUGACCGAUUGAUAGUAAUUAAGGCACGUCUGCUUUUGUUUUCUGCUACAUUAAAUAUUCUGCAGAAAUGUUUAGAAAUAUUGGGAGUAAAACCAUAUGUAAACAAAUAUUCUCAACCAAGAUUUGUAUAAAAUCUGAAUUAAAUGUCAUGUAAAUAAAUUUUAUUGUAUUUUCAAGAA